AUUUCUCUAUAGUUUAUGACGGUUUCUACGCAUAGACAAAUAAAACAUGUUUACUUGUCAAGUUGUCAAAGGGGAAUAAAUUUAGCUUUGUAAAUCCAUUGAUUUUAUCAAUAAUAUUUAAAAAUAUCGUGAAAAAGAAAUACAGGACGUGACUACUAUUUUUAUUGACAAAUUCUAUUAUGAAAAUGGCAGGACUGGAGUCCAUGGUAGUUGAAGAGGUUAAGCCCGUAGAGAAACCGGUCGAUAGAGAAAAGACUUGUCCAUUACUAUUACGCGUGUUUUGUUCAACUGGCCGUCAUAAUUCACCUGGAGAUUAUGCAAGAGGUAAUGUGCCACAGAAUGAACUACAGAUUUACACAUGGAUGGACGCUACACUUCGUGAACUGACGGGACUAGUCAAAGAGGUUAAUCCAGAAACUAGACGUAAAGGAACAUAUUUCGAUUUUGCAAUCGUCUACCCAGAUAUGAGAUCUCCAACAUACAGAAUGAGAGAGAUUGGGGUUACUUGUUCAGGACAGCGUGGAGGAGAUGACAAUAAAACAUUAAGUCAAGUCAAGUUCCAGAUUGGGAAUUAUUUGGAUAUAUCAAUAACACCACCAAAUAGAAUGCCUCCUCCUAUGAGACGUGCACAGCCCUACAUGAAUAAUCGCCCCUACUAAAUUUGCAUAGUUGUAAGUUAACAUUAAGAUAAAACAAUAAAUGAGUAAUUAUACAAGUC